AUGUUGUGCGAACGAGUCUCCAUUUCAAAUGCCCCAGCCACGAACCCGUCCCAAGGCGCAGACCAACAAGACAACCUUACUAAUGUGGCUGCACUCACUCUCCCAAGCUCCAAGUCCGGACUUGAGGAUGUGGCUCUGCAUGGUCAACGUGGAGGUCAUAGCCGAGAGUCAGGGUUGACGCGACAGACCCUGACACGUGCUCGGAGCUCGUCUACGAGCGCUGCCUACGAUGAAGCCCAAAACUUCUUCGAAUCUCACGAGAUUGGCGACCAAAGUCAAAAUCAUAGAGAAGGCAAGAGUCAGGCUGCGGACUCAAUCGAUGCAAUGACCAGGUCGAAAGCACUAGAGCUCGCAAUUGAGCUGAGUGCGAGUGCGCUAGAUAUCGCCAUGCGCAAAGAACAGAAGAUGGCUCAGGGGAGAUUUGACGCAGCACAGACCAAGUGCCCAUCAGGUCGUAAGGCAAGCAAAACUAGCCGCCAAGAUGCACGCAGGACUGAACAACCGCGCGGCUAA